AAUAAGAAUAUAUUAAUAUAAACAUUAAUCAAAUAUGUUAUCUCCAAAAAUGUUAACUAUAUGGUUGUUAUGGGCUACUUCUGUUUCAUCGUUACCACUGCAUAGAAUCAAUUCACAAGAUAAGAAAGUAUUUGAGAUUGCAUCUGAUAAUAAGGAUUAUGAUGAAGAAAGUGAAAAUGAAAUGAUAAAAUCUAAGGAUUUAAUGAAUUUAAACCUUUAUACAGAAAAUGAAAGUAGAUAUGAACCACUACAUUCAUAUGUAGACAAUUAUAAUAAACGUGAAAUUAUGAAUAAAAUACAGUAUACAAAUAUAUUCUUUCAUCCAGAAUCAAAUACAUGGGAAACUUAUAAUGUAGAGGAAAAUAAUAUUCCAUUUAUCGCUGGUUUUAAAGAAGAUCUUGACAAAAUUAUAAAAGGCAAACAUUCAAGAUUUAUAUAAGGAAUUGUUUCGAAGAAAAUAUGAUAAACAAAAUAAUUUUUCUUUUUCAAAAAUAACUAAUAUUGUUUCUAAUAUCAAUAAAAAUAAAAGAUCAAUUUCUACAAACAAC